UUGGCAGAGGUCACCUCAGAGUAAAAAGCAGGAGGGAGACGCAGCAUGGACGCGGGUUGUGUGUGCAACGGCAGAUCAGGUUGUCCUGGAUCCUGCAGAUGCUUCGUGGGACGUUGAGGACGAGAGAGCCAUCAUGUCAGUCUCCCCGGUAACAGACCCGUCCCCCAGCUGGUCGGUGGUCUCCAUGACUCCUGUGUACAGUAACGUCACCGAGGUGCAGCGUGACGCUCUGCUGGCGGUUGCUGAGGUUGUGGUGCUGGCGUUGAUCCUGGUGAUGGCUUUGCUCGGUAACGGGCUCGUGUUGCUGGUGUUGCUUAGGCGACGACGCCAGAAGAACCCGCUGCACCGCUUCAUGAUCAACCUCUGUUUAGCCGACCUGGUGGUGGCGCUGUUCCAGGUGUUGCCCCAGCUGGUGUGGGAUGCAAAAGGCCGUUUCCCCGGGCCGGACUUCCUGUGCCGGCUGGUGAAGUACCUGCAGGUCCUCGGGAUGUUCGCCUCCUCCUACAUGAUCGUGGCCAUGACGGUGGACCGGCACUACGCCAUCUGCUGCCCCCUGCUGGCGCACCGCAGCGGGGCCACGCAGCGCUGGAACAGCUGCAUCCUGAUGGCCUGGGGGCUUUCACUGGUGCUCAGCCUGCCACAGGUUUUCAUCUUCUCCCGCUUUGAAGUGGCUCCAGGAGUCUACGACUGCUGGGGGACCUUUGCUGAGUCGUGGGGCCUCAAAACCUACGUCACCUGGAUGACUCUGGCGGUCUUCAUCCUCCCCGUCCUCGUCAUCACCAUCUGCCAGGUACGAAUCUUCAAGGAGAUCCACAACAACCUGUACCUGAAGUCAGACCGCCGCCUCUCUCCCGCCUCCCUCUCCCCCUCCAGACGGGACAGCCAGAGAGGAGAAGCAGGGGGAGGCAGAAGGAGGUCAGAUAUCCCCCUGUAUGUUUCCCCCCUCAUGUUCAAAAACCCCGGGAGUGACAGCAGCUUUCCCCCGGCCCCCGUAUACCAGCCGCAUAACGCUGCCCUGAGGUCCGACAGCAUCCCCUCACACAGUGAUACCAACACCUACACUGCUGACUACACCCUGGCUGCUAAUAGCCCUGGCUUCCUGUCGGUGGAGCUGCAGCCUGAUGUGCUGCCGGGCCAUGUAGCGCCCCCUACUGACUGUGGCCCCAAAGCCCCCCCGCCUAAAGCAACCCAACUCAAAGCACCCCCUCCCAAGCCCCCCCUGGCCCGCGGUGGGGAGGUAUCAGCGGCCAUGUCAAAGACCGUCAGGAUGACGCUGGUCAUCGUGCUCGUCUACUCGCUCUGCUGGGCCCCCUUCUUCAGCGUCCAGCUGUGGGCCGCCUGGGAUCCCAACCCUCCUAAGAAUGAUGCAGUGUUCACCCUGCUGAUGCUGCUGGCCAGUCUGAACUCGUGCACAAACCCCUGGAUCUACUCCGCCUUCUCCAGCAGCGUCUCUCAGCUCCGCCUGCUGCUGCUCUGUCGCUCCGCCUCGCAGCGUCGCGGCUCCUUACCCAACGACUCCACCACCACCACACACAACUCCAACUAUUGAACACACACACUCACACAACACACACAGCAGGGUAAAGUGCGAAACCUGCAGCGUCUUUAUCUUGGCAUCUCUGCAGUAUGCUACAAAAACUAGAGCUUCCAUUUUCUGUUUAAAGAAUAAUUAGUGAAACGCAUUUUGUUUCUUUUACAGAUUAAUAUCAAGUCAUUUGUACAUUAUAACUUCUUAAUAAAUGAAGUUUAGAGGUUCUGACAAGCAAAUCGUGUUUGAUAAGUUGCAUGAAAUUAACAAGGAAAGAUGAACUCACUGCUGCUGCCUCAGUCCCGCACAAACCCACAUAUAAAACCACACAUUGUCUCAUUAAAACUUUGGGAAAGAUCAUUUACCUAAACAUGAUGUGUGAAAAAGUUUGCUUUAAACUGUGUAAAGUUAGCCAUUUACAGAACUCCUUGAUCUUUGAUAUGCAUAGCAAAUAAGGCUAGUAAUAUAUUUCCCAUUAAAACCAUCCCUGUAAGCAACAGAGAGUUUAGAUACAAACAGUAAUACAUUUCUAUAAAGUGUAAUUCUAGUAAACGCUCCUGUUUUGGUGAUUUAACAUUCACUGAUUUGAUUAAAAACAACAUUUCCCUCUCAGAAUAAAACCACUUCCACGAGAUUUGUUUUAAAAACUGUUUAUUCGUCCCUUCAAAAGUCCUAAAAACAUUUCAUACAUACACAGAAAAACAUCUGCCACAAACAAAACAUUUCCUCCAAACUUAUCAACGAGUUGUUCUUCUAUUUAUUUAUUUGUAAAGACGAAAAUGUGCUUUUGCAGUACCGUUAAAAAAAAACUUGCA